CUUUUUCUUCCUGUUUUUCAGGGCUGUUUAACUUGAGGCAGAUUGUUCUGGCUAAGGUGGACCAGGCUUUGCACUCAAAGAGUGGGCUCGACCCAGCUGAGGAGUAUGCCAGACUUUGCCUGGACAUCCUGGGAAUUCCUGCUUCACCAGGGACAAACAUGCCUGCUACCUUCGGUCACCUGGCAGGAGGAUAUGAUGCUCAGUACUAUGGUUACCUGUGGAGUGAAGUCUUCUCCAUGGACAUGUUCUAUGCCCGUUUCAAACAAGAAGGCAUCAUGGACCCUAAGGUGGGUCUGGACUACAGGAAGUGCAUUCUGAAGCCUGGAGGAUCUGAGGAUGCUGUUGACAUGCUGAAGAAGUUCCUGGGAAGAGAACCCAAGCAGGAUGCUUUCUUCCUGAGCAAAGGACUCACGGUUGAGCUGGAGUCGGGCAAGCCCUGCGCCUGCUGACUGCCUGAAUGUAGGCUAAGCCCUUAAAGUCUCAGACUGAUACCUCCUAAAAAAAAAAAAAAAAAAAGCUCAUUCACUUAUCACACCUUCUCCCAACCCUGCACUUGUGC